AUGACGAUUGCUUCUCGAGCCGCGCCAUGUUGUGCUCGCCGGCUCGCCUCUCGUCCUGGUCCUCAGAGCUCUGAAUGGAGGACCCGGCCGCGUCGCUCCGCUGCUGCGCGCUGCUGCUCCUGACGUGUCUCACCGGGCUGGAGGCCGCGGGGCCGCCCGGGGACGGCGGCGGCUGGUCCCUGAAGUCGGAGCUCCGCCUCCAGGAUGAAGGUCUCUGUAACAUCGACGUGCUGGACGCCUCCGCGCUGUCACACAGGCAGUUCCUGGAGAGAUAUGCGUUCAACCGGCCGGUGAUCCUCCGAGGCCUGACCGACAACACGGGUACACACUCGUUACUCACACACUCCUACAGGAAGGGUACACACUCGUCACUCACACACUCCUACAGGAAGGGUACACACUCGUCACUCACACACUCCUACAGGAAGGGUACACACUCGUCACUCACACACUCCUACAGGAAGGUGGACGUCCCUCUCCAAGAGUACGUGGACGUCUGGCUGAGGCCUCAGUCAGCUGACGUGCUCGGCAGCGACACUCUGUAUUUCUUCGGGGACAACAACGUGACGGAGUGGCAGUCUUUGUUCCAGCAGUACGAGUCUCCGCCGUACGUCCUGCCCCGGACCAGCGGGGCGCUCAGCUUCGGCAUCGCAGGUCCCGGUUCGGGGGUCCCCUUCCACUGGCACGGGCCCGGUUUCUCCGAGGUCAUCUACGGGAGGAAGCGGUGGUUCCUGUACCCGCCCCACCAGGAGCCUCACUUCCACCCCAACCGCACCACCCUGUCCUGGGUCACGGAGACGUACCCGCAGCUGCCGGAGGCCGAGGCGCCGCUGGAGUGCACCAUCUCCCCGGGAGAGGUUUUGUAUUUUCCGGACCGCUGGUGGCAUGCGACCCUCAACCUGGAAACCAGCGUCUUCAUCUCCACCUUCCUCGGCUGAGCGUCUUCAUCGUCUCUCCCUUGUUACAUUCCAGCUUUACUGAGAUUCCAUUUGUUGUUGUUUCUAAAUUCAACCAAAUUCAAUGUUUUAUCAUAAAGAAACAACAGAAAUGUAUUUAUUGACCAACGCUUGAGGAAUUUAAAUGUUUUCACAUCGUUUCUGUAAAUAAAGUGUUUGGGCGACA